AAGGGCGUUUACUGCCGGGUAUGUAGCUAUAAUCGCGAAAGGUAUAAAAGGCUUGACCUACAAAAGUGUGAACACAAAAUGCAUAUUCGUCAAGUGAGAAAAGUGAAACGAAAUCGACUGCCAAUCCGGGUAUGGCAGGAAUACCAGCAGCCGAGCAGUGAAGCAGCCCUGAUGCAGUUGCUCCGUCCCUACAAUGGAUCACACAUUCAUGGUUUCUAUCAGCUUCUCUGGCCCAAAAUGAGACGUCGUAUGCGUUUACUCUGGACUUUGGCGCUACUCUCUGCCUUCACUGUACUCAUCUAUAUUAGCUAUCUGCUUGGGGAGCGAUAUCAUCUCAAGCAGUUCCACACACUAAUUGCGGACUCGCAUUGGCCUAUUCAGAACAUUGCCUUUCCCGUGCUAAUCGUGUGCAACAAGAACCGCUUAAACUGGUCUCGUUUGCCCGAGGUUAGUCGACGCUAUAACAUAAGUGCUGCACAGCAGCCACUGUUUGAACGCGUGCUGACCGCCUAUGAUGCUCUGACCACAACACGUUUCGAUGUAUUUGAGACACUUCAUGACCAGCCUCUGGAAACCAUCAAUCAUCUAAAUUUUACGCAGAUUGUAAGCGAGUUGAGCUGGCGCUGUGAUGAAAUGCUCAGAGAUUGCAGCUGGCAUACGCAGUAUCGUAAUUGUUGUGAACUCUUUCGGCCACGUCGUCUGCCCCAAGGGCCCUGUCUGGCCUUCAACGAGGAGGAGCAACGUGCCAGUGCGGAGACGGGAAGGAGUACGGGCCUAAUUGUUCGCCUACUGCUAAAUGAGGAGCGGCAUGCGCCUGGCAAUCGAGAGACCAAGGGUUUUGUGGUCGAUAUUGUGGAGCCAGGUAAUUGGUACAGUUUCCCCAUUAGUUUGAUGCCUUAUACGGACACGGACAUCGGCCUAAGUGCCGUCUAUCAUUUCUACGAUGAGGACACCUUUUCGAUGAGCAGCCAGCAACGUCAAUGCCUGCUGGAUUACGAGCAUGAAGGUCACCAUUUCCAGACGUUAAAGGGCUACAAGUAUAGGAUGGAGAACUGCCUGGCCGAGUGUCAGCAGCGUCACAUGCUGCGCUACUGCAAUUGCACCUUGGACCUGUUUUAUCCACCUUCCGAUCAUGUCGCAUGCCAAUUGAAGGAUGUGCUUUGCCUGGCGGCACACAAUCAUCUCUUUCAAAAUGUGGGGCAGACCGGAGAGGAGUCGUAUGUUAUCCAGAAUGGAACCGGUAUCAUUUGCGAUUGCGUGUACAACUGCAAGUCACUCACGCUGAUAACCGAUGAGCGUCAAGUUUUAAGUGGACUAUGGCAAGUGGACAAUGGAUCCUUGCGCAUAACUAACCGUUCCAUGUUGCUCAAUUUUUACUAUAAUCAAAACAUUAUUCUUGUGUACAGGACUAGCUUAAUAUAUAGCUGGAUGGACUUGAUUGUUUCUUUUGGCGCUAUUUGCCAGCUCUGCUUAGGCUGCUCCAUUAUUAGUAUCCUUGAGCUCUGCUAUUUUGUUCUUGUCGACGUGCCCCGCUUUUGCUGCUCACAUUAUGUGUCGAAUUGACUCUGUAAAUCUAUCAAUCAAUAAA